AUGCUGUCCGCUCUGGGGGCCAAGACCCAGCUGCUGUCUAGCUUUCACCCCCAGACCGCCGGCCAGACUGAGCGGACGAGCCAGGAGCCGGCAAAGACACUGCGCUGCCUGGUGGAGAAGUCCCUGCCCUCCUGGGAGGCCUCGCUCCCCUGGUCCGACAAACCUGUUUCCAGGGCACUGUGUGCCUGCCGCCAGUGCAUCUCUGUUGAGGAUGAAGACCCCUGGUUCAGGAAGCACUUUAACACGUCCAUAUCGCCGCUCUUGUCACAGAAGAACGCCAUGCUGUCUGACGACACCUUUCAAUGGUGGCAGAGGCUACAGACUAAGAAAAAUGCCAACUACAGUGCUGUGGUGCAGAAACUAUUCCAGGUCGUCCCUGGGGAGGGACAUUAUAACGACUCAGCGCCCAAUCGCUGCAGGACUUGCGCUGUAGUCGGGAAUUCUGGGAACCUCAAGGGAUCUGAUUAUGGAGUUCUCAUUGACUCCAAUGACUUCGUCAUAAGAAUGAACAAAGCUCCCAUUUUGGGCUAUGAAAAGGAUGUAGGGAACAGAACCACCCAUCGUGUCAUGUACCCAGAAAGUGCCACAAACCUGCAAAAGGACACAAGUCUGCUGCUGAUACCAUUCAAGACUUUGGAUCUGGAGUGGAUUACUAGUGCUCUGACCACAGGCACUGUGAAACGCACCCGUAUGCGUGUGAUGGCCAAGAUUAAUGCAGACAAGAAUAAGGUGUUAAUAUACAACCCCACGUUCUUAAAGUACGUCUAUGAUGUGUGGCUUGAACGCCAUGGGAAAUAUCCCUCCACCGGCUUCUUAACCUUGAUGUUCGCCAUCCACGUAUGUGAUGAGGUGAAUGUUUUUGGAUUUGGAGCGUCCAAGGACAGAACCUGGCAGCAUUACUGGGAGACAAUGAAAUUUCUCCAGUCAAAGCCAACCGGAGGGCAUGCUGGAGACUAUGAGUCCAUCACCAUGAAGCUGCUGGCCUGUAAAAAUAAAAUGAAGUUGUUUGAAGGGAGAUGA